AUCAGCUCGGAGUGUGUGGAAAGGAGCUGCUCAAGGCACGAGCGCAGAAACCUUGAUGACGCAGGCAAACAAGUUACUCAGCAACGCUUUGAUUUUAAUUUAAUUAUUAUUGUAGUAUAUAUAAAUAACUAUAUAUUUUAAACCUCGCUUCGUAGUACUGCUGAGUUAGUUUGUGAGUUGAUCAUCAAGUUUAAUGACAUGCGCCUCCUUGACUCACCGUGGCGGCUUUAACUCCAUCGGAUCUUCAUGACAAGUUGCGUUGAUGUUAGCUUAGCCAGUUAGCUACAACUUACAGGUUGUGACAACUCACUAUUUUAUACACUAAUUUUUUUGUUUGUUUGUUAAUACGAACCGCUGCGAAGCCAUGACGGGUAGAGAAGAGGAAUAUGACUAUCUUUUCAAAGUGGUGCUAAUCGGAGACUCUGGAGUCGGGAAGAGCAACCUGCUGUCCCGCUUCACGCGCAACGAGUUCAACCUGGAGAGCAAGAGCACCAUCGGCGUGGAAUUUGCCACUCGCAGCAUUCAUGUAGAGGGCAAGACGAUCAAAGCGCAGAUCUGGGAUACUGCAGGACAGGAGCGAUAUCGUGCCAUCACCUCAGCAUACUACCGCGGUGCUGUCGGUGCUCUCCUGGUGUAUGACAUUGCGAAACACUUGACGUAUGAAAACGCCGAGCGCUGGCUGAAGGAGCUGCAGGACCACGCCGACAGCAACAUCGUCAUCAUGCUGGUGGGCAACAAGAGCGACCUGCGUCACCUCCGAGCCGUGCCUACGGACGAGGCCAAGGCCUUCGCAGAGAAACAUGGGCUUUCCUUCCUCGAGACUUCUGCUUUGGACUCCUCUAAUGUAGAGCUCGCCUUCCAGACCAUUCUCACAGCAAUCUACCGCAUCGUAUCUCAGAGGCAAAUUUCCGGGCGUGGCGACGCUGACUUCUCGCCAAGCUCUAAAGUCGUACCCAUCACGGUGCAGCCCACACAGAAUUCGGGAAAGCAAAGUGCCUGCUGCCAGAACAACUAAGCAGCACAAUGGGAUUAUGGGUAAAAACCGACAUAAGGCUGGCCAAGGGGGGUUGCAAAGUUUGUUUGUCUGUCAAGCACAUUAAGAACACCCCCUCCCCUCCCCUCCCCCUUUCCUCUUAAUAACACAUGCAGUAGGCUUUAUCAGCUAAGCCCUAAUUCAACAAGUUAAGCUUUAACAUGGGGACAGAAGUGAAAAGAUUGUUGUUGCUGUUGGGUUUUCCCCCCUCCCCCCACUCCACAGACUGAUUUUUAAUGUUCUUUGUUUUUUGCGCUAAUUAGAAAUGGCACUCGGAGACUUUCUUUGUGUGUCUGCCCAUUUUGUCAGAGUAACAGUUGCUCACCAGCUAGUGCUUAAAGCCAGUGCACAUGGAACAAGGGUGCUACAGUGAAAUGUCCAUUUUAACCACUAAACACUGGGUCUUUUUUUUUCUUUUUUUUUUUUUUAAAAGUCUCCUGGAGGAAGCAUCCCCCCAGUCAGUGGAUCCUUGGGGGGGGGGACCAAGCAAGCAAGCAACCCCCCCCCCCCCCCCAAAAAAAAAUCUAACGACUUCAUGUGUAUCUGCUGCGUCUGCCUGUAUCGUUGAUUUUGUAAGAUGACAACUAGCGAAAGAACCAAAAACCCCUUUAUUUAUUUGAUGCAUUGAAAUAUGAGAUGACACUGCUAAUAGCAUCCUGAUAGCCUGUGGAAUUUUUUUUUUUAAGCACAUUGUUUUAUUUAGAUGGUGUUUGAUGGUCUAUGAUAUUUAAGGGUUGAUUAACUGUUUUCUCUCCAGGGUGUAAGUGUAGUUUUUUUUUUUUUUUUUUUUUAAUUGUGUGUGUAAUGCGUGCGUGAGGGGGGGAGAGAAGAGUUUUCCUGCUUCCUAUUUCCUAUCGGGUGGUGGGGUGUCCCCCCCGCCCUUUGGUUUAUUUGAAUGGAUCAGUUUUGCUUUAUAGAGGCUUUUCUAGGUGCUGUUUUUAUCAGUGAGUCAUUUAACCUGGCCUAAGACGGAGGCAUGAAACAGGAAAGCAGAGGCAGGCUCAUCCCUUUAUUUGGCUGGAUUAUGUUGCAGGACUGAGCAACAGCAGUGCACUGAGCUGCUCACUGAGGAGUUUCUGGUGUACUGGAAGGGGCUUGUCUUACUGUAAGUGAAGUCCUCAUUGCCCAUCCUGAUAAUAUACUGGAUGUAACCUGAAGAAAGCUGUACCCUCAGGGAUCCCUGUUAAUUGUGUCCCAUAUCUCACUCUCUUUCUCUGCUCCCCCUCCUAUUCUCUCUGGUUGGAGUCAUGGUCACGGUGAAAGGGAGCUCAUGGUAGGUCAGAUGAAGGAAAAAGCGGAGUUGUGCUGAAGGUCAUUUAUCUGUAGGUCUACUCUAGCAAUCAGGAAGCCUCUUAAUUAAAAUUACAGGCUUGUGAAAGAACCGGUGAUGUUUAUUUAGCAGUCGUCACUGACUUUACUUUUUGAGAAUGGGGUUAGAUUUCUUUCAAGGAGUGUCCAGAUGUGUGUUCUGCAUUUUAAAAUUCCUCAGCGACCAGCAGUAUCUCUCACCUCAUUCAAUUUGUGUGGAUGUUUUGGGUUUUUUUUCCCCCCACUCAAGAUGUUCCUAGAUUAAAUACUGCUUUAUUGCUCCAAAUAAAUGGUGGAAAUGUGAAAUCAAAUGAUCUAGUAAUCCAGGGAAAACGUGUGUCCCCUUGGUGGCAUCUGUCUUGUUCUGGUUUCAUAACACGAGUUUAUAAAAUAACCCAAAAGUGAAAUGGUGGAGAAAAAACAAGUGCCCCCCCCCCCCCCCCCCCCCCAAUAUUAUUGGCGUUCUUGUAUGAAGGGAUGAAAUGUUUGUUAGAAGGGACUUGAUGUUGAUGUUUAUGAUAAAUCUGUAUAUUUGGAUAUAAUAUAUAAAUAAAUUGUAUUUGCUUUUA